AUGGUACAGUAUAUCGAUGAGUAUCUCUUGAAUUUCUACAGGCAUACUGUAGUGCGACAACCUCACCCUCUCGGUUCCUCGGCUCCCCAUUACCUCUCCGUUUCCCAGUUACCUGGUUUCUCUUUGGAAUUGGGAAUGUUUCGCGGAUCAAGGAAGAAUCAGAAGAUGUUUUUGGAUAAGCUGUGUAUUUUCGUAUUUUCAACCUUUCAGACAGCAUUUUGGUCUCCAGUAUUAUGCACUGUAGAACAGAGAAUCAACUACAAUGGUCUGGAUGACAACACUGUAUGUCCUAAUAUAAGGAUCGGACAAGAUGACUUGCCAGGAUUUGAUCUUAUCACCCAAUUCCAAUUGGAUUCAAUACCGCUGCGGGGUGUGAGGAGAGUGGAAGGUUCCACUCCACUGCAGAUUGCUUUCAGACUUGACAGAGAGGCCAACUUUGAAAUCCCAACGAGAAUAAUUUACCCACGGGGAUUGCCUGAAGAUUAUUCCUUUGUCACCACCUUCAGGAUGGCAAAAAACACAGUUAACAAAGUGUGGAACGUGUGGCAGAUUGUGGACGAAAAUGCCAAUGAGCAAGUUGGCCUAAGGUUGAACGGGGACACGCAGUCCUUGGAGUUUUAUUUAGUCAGCUCGGAUAGUAGUUUGCAAUCUACUGUUUUCCAAGGUGUUUCACAGAUUUUUGACACUGACUGGCAUAAGAUCCUAGUCGGCGUGGAGAGGGACACUGUCAGCUUAUUCGUGGACUGUCAUCAUGUUGCAUCCCAGUCCAUCAAACCAAAGGGCACUGUUGAUGUCGAUGGUGAUACUCUGAUCGGGCGUCUGGACACAAACCCGGAAGUAUCAGUAGUGUUUGAACUACAGUGGAUGUUGAUUCACUGUGACCCACAACGAGCGCACCGUGAAUCCUGCGCUGAGCUAUCCAUACAGCAGCCUGAUUUCGAUUUCAGACCUGAUUAUGGAAAACCAAGCCAGCCAGGUCCAAUGGGACCUCCGGGUCCAGUAGGACCUCCAGGUUUUCCUGGGUCACCAGGUCCUUCAGGAUUUCCAGGGAUUCCUGGAUCAACUGGGAUGGAUGGAAGAGAUGGAGUUGAUGGAGCGGUGGGUCCUCCUGGUCAUUCAGGUCUUCCAGGCCAGAAAGGAGAAAGAGGUGAUACUGGUUUCAUUGGACGACCCGGGAAACCGGGCAUUCCAGGCAUUAAUGUAAGGAGUCCGGGUCUAAUUGGACCAGUGGGGGGAGUUAGAGGCCGUGUGGGUCCGCCUGGUGUUCCUGGGUCAGAAGGUCUACCAGGGGUGUCGAAAAGUGGAAAUCCAGGACCACCUGGUGAAAAUGGUCUUGAUGGUGAACCUGGACUUCCUGGACCACCUGGUCAACCUGGAACAAAUGGAGAACCUGGUUCACCUGGACCUCCAGGACCUAUUGGCCCGCCAGGUGCAGCAGGAGAUGGAAGUGGUGAAGUUGUGUGUACAGUGUCCUGUCCCACAAGCCCGCCCGGACUCCCUGGGCUACCCGGAUUUAAGGGCCAUAAAGGCCAAAAAGGUGUUGCUGGAGUUGUGGGUAAGGAGGGCCCAAAGGGGGAUCGUGGUUCUCCUGGGCCACAAGGUAUCAGAGGGAUUCCUGGAUCUGAGGGUUCUCGCGGACCAAGAGGUUUUCCUGGUUUAUCAGGAGACAAAGGGAGCAAAGGAAUUCCAGGAUUUAAUGGGUUGUCUGGGCCUCCAGGCCCAUUAGGGCCAACAGGUCCUGAAGGUACAAGAGGUGGAAUUGGAGAACCAGGCAUCAAGGGUCCCAAGGGUCCAGAAGGAUCUCGAGGACCAUAUGGUGCUCCAGGACCUAAAGGUGAACCUGGUGCUCCGGGGCUCGCUGGCCGGGAUGGAAGUCCUGGAGUUGAUGGCAUGAAGGGUGAUGCUGGAAUACCAGGCCAAAUGGGAGAAACUGGAAUUCGAGGUUUACCUGGAUUACAUGGAUCACCAGGACAGAAAGGUCACGCCGGGGAAAAGGGGGAUACUGGUGAGGUGGGAUCGAUGGGACCUCUUGGAAUUCCAGGGGAGCCUGGUGACCCAGGAACACCAGGACAAAGAGGAGACCAAGGUCCACGUGGCUCUCCUGGAACUCCUGGAGAGGCUGGACUCAUUGGACCUCCUGGUUUAUCUGGACCUGCGGGAACAAAAGGUGACUGUGGUCGACCAGGGCUUCAAGGACCUCAUGGUUUUCCAGGGGGAAGAGGAGAUAAGGGAUCUUCUGGCAUUCCUGGCCAUAAAGGAAAUGGGGGGAAAACAGGUGUGAAAGGUGAAACUGGACGAAAGGGUGAACAGGGAAUUCCUGGUGUUCAAGGCAGGAAAGGAGAGGCUGGCACUCUUGGUGGAAAAGGCCAAACCGGUUCACAAGGACCUCGUGGACGGCAUGGGCUUCAGGGACCACCAGGUCCAAUUGGUGCUCGAGGAAGGGAAGGAAUACAAGGAACUCCGGGGUUUCCUGGCUCACCAGGUAAACAUGGCAAAGAUGCAAGUGAACACCGGAUCAGGGAGGUGUGCAUGAGCAUAAUUCAAGAGCAAAUGUCUCAACUGUCUGCUAGCCUAAGGCAACCAGUAAUGCCUGGACAACCAGGCCGGCCUGGACCAUCUGGUCCUCCAGGACCUGUUGGACCUCCAGGAGUUGCAGGCCAUCCAGGUGCCGUCGGCCCACAAGGUAUCAAAGGUCACCAAGGUUACCCUGGUCAACCAGGAUCAAAAGGACAACAAGGAGAAAGGGGUGAGAAGGGUGUAGAAGGUAUCGGUCUUCGCGGAUCACCAGGCCCACAAGGAUCACCCGGUAUUGUCGGUAUGCCUGGCAUUGGAAAGGAUGGCCGUGAUGGUGCCCGUGGUGAAAUUGGCCUUCCAGGUGAACAAGGACAUCCAGGCCCACAUGGGCUAAGAGGAUUUCCUGGCAUCUGUGAUGCUUCUUCAUGCGUGGGUCCACCUCAUCGCUACAUGGGUAUGGGAAUUGGCAAGAAAUCUAUGAGCAUGAAAGGGCCGUCCAAAUAACAGAAAACACAGUCAUUAUGAUGUGUAAGAAAGAACUGCAAAUGCUGGUUUAAAUGGAAGGUAGGCACAAAAUGCUGGAGUAACUCAGCGGGUGAGGCAGCAUCUCUGGAGAAGGAAUCAGCGACCUUUCGGGGUCUCGACCUGAAACGUUGCUCAUUCCUUCUCUCCAGAAAUGUUUCCCCACAGCUGAGUUACUCCAGCAUUUUGUGUCUACAGUGAUUAUGAUAUUAUUUUCAAGAGUUACAUCAAGAAUUCACGUAAUGAUCAUACAUUAUUUUUUUUAAAUCUGUCUUAAUUCCUGGUAUUUUAAACUGUUCUAAACCAAUCACUUCAUUUUCUCAAACAUUUUUAAGUUCUGCCUGUAAAAACAUUGUAUAGUUGAAAUCUUGAUUAUCGAAGAAUGUUUAAAGUCUUCAAUCAACAUAAAAGCCUUUGAAUUAUGUACAAACAAUAAAACAUAUUUACUGAUAAGCAGAAUUGCAUUUCAAGCAUCAAAAGUGAUUGUUCUUAAACGCCAUACUUCCAUGUUUUCCUGUUCUACUUUCUGUUAAAGCACGUCAAAGAUACCAAGUGCACACUUUUUUGAAAUGGACAGCCUGAUAUUUCAAAUAAUUGGUAUGGGGUGAUUUUCAGAAGUUUGUGGGUCGGUGAGUUGGUGGGAGGGAGGUUGGAACCUUCCGACGUCUAUAUUUUUCUUAAGUGAAGCAAAGGGCAAACAGCUGAACUGCUUCAAAAGAAAGGUUAUAAUUUUAAGCAUGUUUAUGUAGUUCCAAAUUAUUUCAACGGACCACUUACCCUGAGAGGUGACAAUUUAGGAGUUAAUCAAGCUAAUCUUAGGAUCACAUGACACUGUGGAGUUAAAAUUUGGAGACAUUUCACUUUCAGAAAUUUUACUUCCCCCUUUAGUCUACCCAGAAAAUAUUCAGAUAAUUGUGGAGUAUAACUGGAUGCAAUGUAAAACCGUGCACACUGUUGUUUCCAUGCAAUUUCAUUGGCAAAAUAAUGAAAGUGCAAUGGAUACUCUCCCGUUUUCUGUCAAAUGUCAAUCAAUCAUUAAGCACAUUAUUUCUGCAUAAUUCUUGAAGAUUCUGAAGAUAUUGUGGUAUUUUUCCAAAUUCUCAAUGAAUCAUUGAUGAGAACUGCAUUAAAGAUGCGAAGGCAGUAAUAUUACAAAAGUAGUCUACGACCCUGAUCAUUAUGUAUGCCCCAUCUCUGGGUUUGAACCAAAUAAUUGAACUAGUGAGUUGUUGCUGCUGGAAAAUUCUAAAAUAAGUAACACAAUUAAUAAUUUAAAUAGGAGAUUUAUUUUUCCUUAUACAGAGUUUCUUGUAUACCUCAACUAUUUCAAUUAUCAAUAAAGCAAAGGUUCAGGAUGUAAAUGUUCUAAUUUCCGAUGCUGCUUUUUCCAAAUAUACUUAUCCAGCUUCCUGGAUAGAAUGUGACAUAAGAAGAUACAUUUGGACAGAUUGCUUCAAUUAGUUUGUGUCUAAGUGGUAAUCCUCCAUUUGUAAAUGUGGACAUUAAGGAAUAUCAAGCCAAGGCUCAACAGUAUCGUCAUCUACAUCAGCACCUUUAAGAAUUGUAACUGCAAAACAAACAGGAAUCUGAUUUGUUUGUUAUUUUCUCUUUACUCUGAAUGUGGCUGUGAAUUGCAGCAAUGGGUAAAAAUACUCAAAAAGAAUGGUGAUUCAAUUUUGUGAGAUGCUCAUAAUGCAUGCUUCAGAUCAGGGUGUGGACUCCGACAGAUUUGAACCCUUCCAAAGUUCAUAUUGCCUGUUUAAUUAUUCCAGGGUCAAGGAAAGAGCGUUCACAUUGCGGCCCUGUUUCCACCAAUCUUUCCUCCACCACGCACAAGAAGCGCAAGACAGACACCAUUUUAUUCAGAUGCUGAGAAGUGUGUUCAGCUCUGGCUGAACAAUUUCUAAUCUUGUGUGUGAACUCGAUAAGAAGAUUAAUUAUUCUGAAAUAUUGACAGUGACAGCUCAUUGA